CUACUGUAGCGUAGAUGAUGAUGAUGACGGUGGUGGUGGUGACGUCGGAGUAAUUGAUGUCGAAGUCAGUAUUGGAUGGUGCCCCGCGCCGCGCGUUAUUCGUUUCCUCGCUUUAAAAUUCGCUGCUGCUGCUGCUUUGUUCGGCUGAUGGCCAACUAAAAAAAAAAAAAAAAAAUAUCACCAAAAAAAUACAUAAAAAAAACAAAGAUCUUGCCCUGACUUAUAAAAAGGGGGAGCGGUUCGUAUCAACAAAUAUUUUCCAAGAUGGCUUCUAACAAAGCGGCUGAUGAUGAUGACGACGGAGGAGGAGGCGGAAGUGAAGAAGAAGGAAGCAGAAAUGGGAAUGCUGCUGCUGUUGCCCCUACCAAUGGCACCGGCGAGGACAAAGAUGAAGAAAAUGGAGGCCGUAUUACCAGGCAAUCCCUCUCCAAGACCAUUUCCAAUGACGGUGCCAAGGACAAGAAUGUGCCAGUGAAGAAAAAGAAACUAAGCACUAGUUCUUCUGAGAGUGGUUAUUCUGUGGCUACCAGUCGAUCUCGAAGACUGCCGUGUCGUCCUGGUAUUGUCUGGAGAAUUGGUGAAAGGUUGGAAGCCAUGGAUUUUAUCCAUAAAUGGUACCCUGCCAAAAUUGUGAACAUCCAAGAAGAAAAAUUCUCAGUCUUGAUCCACUUUGAAGGUUGGAAUCACCGUUAUGACGAAUGGGUAGACAUGAAGUGUGAACGCUUGCGACCGGCAAGCAGACGGUCGGAACGGAAAGAAAAACGAAGGCAGAUGACUGUAAGCUCUUCCCUUCCUUCCUUCCUUCCUUCUCUCUCCUCUUCCCACUCCCCUCCCCUCACUUUUCAUCACUAUGUGAUAAAAAAAGGCCUGUUACUUUUUAUCAUGACCCCUAUUAAGGUGCUAAUUGAUUUAUCCCAACCCUAAUUUUGUGCCAAAAUU